AUGCUAGAACUACUCAAUCAGGACAUUAUCUACAUUUUAUGCUCGUUUCUGGAUUUGGCCUCUUUGGCUUCGCUAGCAGUCGUCUUCCCUCGGUGGUCGGAUCAAAUCUUACGCUCAGUAACUACUAAAAUUUGGGCAAUAAAGCUGAGGAUUCUCCCACAAUACUGUACCAUACAGUACAGCUUCUUCGACAAAUCAAAAAACGAUGCACUAAAAUGCAUUUUUGAAGAGGACGAAGUAAAACAAAUUCUCCUAGAGGGUUGCUGGGAAGAGCUCCCCAGUACUUGUUGGCCAAGCAUACCAUUUCAUAUGAUGAAUAUUGUGCUUGUAGAUAUCACUCAGUUUGGGACAUCUGUACCUUCCGACGAGGUGCUGUCAGUACUAUCGUCUGUGAGUACAACUCAGUUGAGUCUAAAGUUCGAGGCACGGGAUGAGGGUCGGAAGCUACUUAAUGCGAUUUCGUUCGAUCCAGGAUCGACCUUGUAUAUUCACGAACUGACAUUUAUAACUGCGAAGGAACCACUUCUUCAGCAAGCCAAGCUUGUAAACGUUAAAGAUCUUUGGUUUACUGGUGAUAUGAUGAAGGACGAUCUCCUACAUGUUCUCAAUUCCGAUGUACCAUCAAUGUUUCUUAGCUGUUAUACUCUACGACAAUCCCUUGUAGAAAUAAUUAAGGAUUACAUUAAGCGAUUUCUUGACGGGAAUACUUCACAGAAAAGUUGCCGAAUAAGUGCCAGCGGAGGACUCUUGCGAUAUCUGUUCGAGGGUAUCGGCGGCCGAGGAGAAACUCGUCUAUCAAAUGGAUCACGAAAAGUUAUUCUUUAUGAUGGAAUCGAAGAAACGCCCAUACACUGCUUCAUUGAUGCUAUAGAUGAUAAUAAGUGA